CAACCUUUACAGUCCAGCCUGCGACAUUUCCACUGUUUUCUCGUUGAGUUUGUCGCGUCGCAGCAAGGCAGGAAGAUGGUUUCUCAAGGCAUUCAGCUCACCGGCAUAGUCAUCGCCUCGAUCGGCUGGCUGCUGGACAUUGUGGUGUGCGGGCUACCCAUGUGGAGGGUGUCCGCCUUCGUGGGCGCCAACAUCAUCACGGCUCAGACCAUCUGGGAGGGCCUGUGGAUGAGCUGUGUGGUGCAGAGCACGGGUCAGAUGCAGUGUAAGGUGUACGACUCCAUGCUGGCGUUGGAGCAGGACCUGCAGGCGGCCCGCGCCAUGAUCGUCAUCUCCGUCUUGUUGGGGAUCUGUGGGGUGUCCCUGGCCAUCGCUGGGGGAAAGUGCACCAACUGCAUCGAGAACGAGCAAUCCAAGGCGAAGGUCUGCAUCGUUUCUGGAGUUCUGUUCAUCCUCGCCGGGCUGCUGUGCCUCAUUCCCGUCUCCUGGUCCGCCAACUCCGUCAUCAACAGGUUCUACAACUUGAUGAUCAUCGGAACGCCUCAAUACGACCUCUUCACCAUGGGGAAGAUUGGCAAGGAAGUGGCCGGCCAGGUCAUCAGCUUCAUAGGCCUGGUCCUGGCCGCCGUCUGCUGCGGCAUCCCCAUGUGGCGAGUGACAACCUACAUCGGCGCCAACAUUGUGACGGGCCAGGUGGUCUGGGACGGGCUGUGGAUGAACUGCGUCAUGCAGAGUACGGGUCAGAUGCAGUGCAAGCUCAACGAGUCGUUGAUGAGGCUGUCGCAGGACCUGCAGGCCGCCCGCGCGCUGGUCAUCAUCUGCCUGAUCGUCGGCUUCAUCGGCUUCAUCAUCACCUUCGUUGGAACCAAGUGCACCAGCUGCCUGAAGAAGGACUCCAGCAACGCCAAUGUGGUGAUCAUCGGCGGGUGUCUCUUGAUCCUGGCAGCCAUCUUGGUCCUGAUCCCCGUCUGCUGGUCGGCGGCCAUCAGCGUCUCGGAUUUUCAGAGCCCCUUGACCAUCGAGACGCAGAAAAGGGAAAUUGGAGCUUCUAUUUACAUCGGUUGGACUUCGACGGUGUUUCUUCUGAUCGGAGGGAUCAUCCUGACCACAUCCUGUCCUCCCAGUAGGCCCUAUUAUCCAGCCUACGGGCCGCAAAUGUACACCUACGGGCCCCCGAACACGGCGGCGUACGGUCCAGUGUACGCGGCGCCGUCCAACCAGCCGUACACCGGGCCGUACACCGGGAGCUACACCGGGAGCUACGUCCCCGCCAAACCCUACGCAGCUCCACCCGUGUACUCCCCUCAGCCGUACGUCAGAAACUGA